AUGUUUCUGUGCAAACCGAAACCGACGGACAAGUGGCUGGAUGCGCAGUGCGAUGGGACCGCGGCGCUCCACACGCUGCCCGCCUGUAUGACGCUGUGUGAUCUGAAGAACGACAACUACUACCAACUGGUGGUGGUCGAUGUGCCGCUGUUCGAUUUUGACGCCAAACCGAAGCUGAAGGUGUACAAGGGUACGAACCUGACCAGCGAGCAGCAUCUGCCCGGGAUCCCGUGCGCGGUCGAGAGUUUCUACAUUACGGACCAGGAACCGCGGACACCGAUCAUUGCAGUGGCCGUUGAGUCGUCCGUGCUGUUCUACCGCAACAUGAAGCCGUACUACAAGUACACUAUCCCGGGCAUGUCGGUGGAACCGCUCGAGGUGGACGUUUGGAGUAAGCUACCGUACGAGCGCGGAGAUGCGCUCGAUGCACUCGUGGACACGCUGCGUACGAUCGAACCCUCGCAGAUGACGCUGCAAAGCCAGGAGCUCCUGGCUCUGCCCGAGGCUGAGCGCGGUGCGUACAUUCAGGGCAACGCCGAGCGGAAACUGGAGAGGAUUUCGAUCGUGACGGCGAUGACGACGAUCAAGCGGGCUUCGGUCGAUCCGAAGGCUCCCUCCUGUCUGAUACUGGCUACCGAGUCCGGCGAGAUCCUGCUGCUCGACACGCAAGCUUUUCUGGUGCUAGCGCAAGCCAAGUGUGGCCCGUUCCGGGGCACCCCGAGUUUGCUGUCGGCCAGUGGCCAGUACGACAUCGACUACCGGGUGGUGAUAGCGACCCGCGAAGGCUCGCUGUGCUUCCUGCGCAAGGGAUGGCUCGCGGCGCAGGACAUCGUGAAGUUGGAGGCCCCGGCGGCCGGUCUGUCCCUGUUGCCCAUCGAUCAGACGAUCGUGGUGGUGUGCAUGAACCGGGCACUCGGGUGCUACUCGAAGAAGGGUAAAAAGUUGUGGCGCGUAAAGCUCCCCCAUCCGGCCAUCUGCAUGGUGCCCGUUUGUCUGCCCCAUCUCGGCAUCAAUCUGGUGUGUGUCGCCCUGCAGGGUGGCCUGGUGCAGUUCUACAGCCAGAAGCGACUGGUCGAUCAGUUCUACGCGCCCGAGUCGGUGGCAGCCCUCAGCUUCGGCCGGCUGGGUCAGGAAGAGCAUGUCCUUGUGCUGGUCACCAUCGAGGGUUCACUGAUCGUGAAGAUCCUCAAGCGGACCGCCGAAUUUGCGACCACCGAGAACAUCUACGACGUGCAGAGUGGCGAGGAACCGCCCCCGGGACCGCUGCAGAUACCGAAGAAGACGAAGGUGUUCGUGGAGCAAACGCUCCGCGAGAAGGCACACGCGGCCACGAUUCACGGUUCGUUUCAGUCGGAACUGUGGCGGAUGCGGCUAACGACGGCUCGGGCCAUCAUCGACGUGAUCAAUUCGGCCGACAGCCACAUGUCGACGGUGGACGUCGGUGUGGCCCCACUCAAGCUGGCGGCCGAAGUGCUUGGGCUGGGGCCGGUCUUUAAGCUUUUCCUGGUGCUGGAGAACAUCUCCACCCGCACGGAAGCGACCGGUCUGCAGGUAUUGAUUCAGGCGGAUCAUCGCCAUUACCGGAUCGAGCGUCCGUAUCUUCCGCUGCCGAUGCUCGUUCCGGGCGCCCCGAUCCGGCUGGACUUCCGGGUCACGGUGUCGGUUGAUCCGAGCGAUGGUCUUCCGCCGGUCGAUUUGACACCGGAAGCCUCGUAUCUGAAGGUGCUCGUUUUCAAAGCCGGACAGAAAAAACCGCUAAUCGCUUCGACGGUCGUGAUGCCGCAACCGGAACCGCAGACGCUACCUUCCGGCUGA